CUUCCGUUUCUAAAAUGGCCUUGAAGGUCGAGACGGCUGCUGUUCUCGAUGCACUGCUUUUCAACAACGAAGUGGCUGCUAUUGUUUCUACUACAAGCGAACAAGAUGUCGUAGCUAGGGGGUUUACCGGUAUGUUAUGUGCUGCAACUGUCAGCGACGUUGAUGGAAAAGACGCUGCAACCGAUGAAUUUCAACAGCGCACGAUCAAGGAGAUCGGCGAUCAGCUACGAAAAGUCGCUGAUAAUCUAGACGACAACGAUCCAGCCACUGCAAUAGGCGCAGCAGAAGACAUUACUCAGCUUGUCACGUCCUCAACUUCUACAGCUGUUGUGGAGGAGAAGUUUGAAAAAAUUGCUAUCAAAGCAAUUCAGCACUCAAACGCUGACACGGGCAACGCUAUAGCUGCUGCUGCAACGGUCUAUUGUAUUGGUAGGAAAGCUAUGAGCAAAUUGGGAGGUGAUGUGGCUUUCAGCAACCUGAUUGGCAACUGCGUGAAAAAAUUUCUCACUCUUCGUUAUGGAGCUUUUUUUGCUCGAGAUCAGAGCACAGGAGAAUGGACCAUGGAUAGUCCAACGAUGCCAAUGUCAUCACCACCUGCAGAUUCUGAUUGACACUGACAGACCUGAGUAUUUAGACCUCUGACAUCAAAUAUUUGUAGUCAUUUCAUGUUUGUUGUUCAUAAGCCAUAAAUUGAAACU